AAAAAUAAAACAAAAAAUGAACAACAAUUCUAAUGAUCCGAGCACUUCUUCAUCUUCUUUUACUAGUUUGGAGGUUGCAAAAAAACUGGGACUUGGCAAUUCAUUUGCGUUUGCCCUUGACUGUUUGCCUUCCCAAGAAGAAGAAACCAGUCCAAUUUUGGUAAUCGACUUUCUCCAAAUGGAUGCUGGUCAGAAGGAGAUGGUUGUCAAUUUUUUGGUUGGUUUGAUAAAAAUAAUGAGGGAGGAAAUCUUUUGA